UCCUGUUUACUGUAGCUAGAGCGAUAGCUGGGUCGUCAAGCUAUGCUUAGUUUGCUCAAAGACAGCUUGAAACUAAGCUGAAAUACAUAAAAAGGAGUGAUUCAGAAAUUAUAUCCACGUAAAACGUUAACACAUUUACUUCAGCAUCGCUUUAGUGUGAGGUAUGUCAAUACAGUUUGCUGUAAAAUAAACAAACUUAACUAUUGCGACCGAACAAGUUAACUUCUUUUAACGGUCAGAGUGGUAGAAACACAGCGGCUCCUAAACAUGGUUGUGCUUUGAAUUCGGCUAUUUUUUCUUUUUCUUUUUAAGCAUUUAGAGAUUUAUUGAGGUAGCGUCGGUUUGUUUUUGUGAACCGCCCAGAUGAUCGAAGUGGUGGCCUCCAUGGCCCGGGGCCCAGUGUUCCUGGCCGGGGAGCUCCUGGAGUGCCUCAUAACCUUCACCAACCCAAUGUCUCACCUCUCCACCUCUGCCAGCAGCGAGAUGUUGGCGUGGGCCAGUGCCCAGAUCCACUGCCAGUUUCACGCCAGUGAGAACAGAGUGGCCCUGCCGUCCCAGGGCAACAAGCAGGACGUCCAGGCAGACAGCGACACAGUGCUGAUUCCAAGCAGAGGUGAGCGAGGCCAGUGUGUGCUCGACACCCCUCCCAAGAUACUAUUUUGUGAUCUCCGCCUCGACCCUGGAGAAAGUAAAACUUAUUCCUACAGCGAGGUGGUUCCCGUAGAUGGACCUCCUAGUUUUCGAGGUCAGGCUGUGAAGUACGUCUACAAACUGACCAUCGGCUGUCAACGAGUCAACUCUCCAAUCAAGUUGCUCCGGGUUCCUUUCAGAGUCUUGGUUCUGCAGGGAAUGCCAGAGCCUCCAUUUCCUCAGGAUGAAGAAGUUUCUCCGUCCAACCCUUUUCUGGAGGAAGAGGAAGCCAGCCGCCAUGAUGCGAGGGCUUUAGAGAGAGCCCUGGACAUGCUGAUGGUCACCACCUCUAGACGAUGCCCUCAUAUGUUUAAUAUCACCAACACUCGAGGAAAAGUGGCAAAGUUCUGCAUCUUCAAGACUGUUUACAGACUCGGAGAGGACAUUGUUGGUACUUUUAAUUUCUCAGAAGGAGACAUUCCUUGCCUGCAGUAUUCGGUGAGCCUUCAGAGCGAGGAGGAGAUCCAGCAGCAGUAUCAGCGGCGACCCGGACAGGCCAUAAGCCUGACUGGACACGGGCGACACCUGGAGUCCUGCCUCCACACAGCCUCCAGCCACUUUUCUCUCCCCGUACCUCUCAAUGUUACGCCGGGGUUCAGCACAGAUAUCGUCACCCUGAGGUGGCGCCUGCACUUUGAAUUCGUCACAGCCCGUGAGCCGAUGGAACCUCCCACCGUUCUGCAGAACCAAUCAGAGGUCACCAUCUGGGCUGGGGCAGAGCAUGUGGAUGUGGAUACCUUCAGCUGGAACCUGCCCAUCAGAGUGCUGCCGACAAACCCAGCGCUGGCUUCCUACGUUUCUCAGUUUACCGGGACCAACAGUAUUAAUAUCUGAGCGCCAGAGCUGUUUUAAGGACUGAUGUGUGUUUGUGUGUGAUUUCCUUUUAAAAAUGAAAUAUAUCUGCACAGAUGUGCAAAUUCCCUGAAGAAAUAAGAGAAAUGGAUUUUCAAUUAAAACAAACUGUAUUUUGCAUGGACUUGGGAUCCGUGCAGUUUGUACCCUGCUGCUGGAAACACCUGUAAAGAGAUGGAUGGAUGGAAAUGUUGCCCUUUUUUGACUUUUUAAGAUUUUGUUUCAAUUUCUUUUAGAAAUAUCCCUUUUCUCUUUUUCUGGUUAUUUAUUUCACAAAUGCUUCAUGCUUUGAACAGUUGUUUUUUUCAUUAUUUGAAGCUUGCAUUGCUUCUACUAAAUGCUUUCUGUUUCAGAGCUUUUCUUUGACCUUGGGCUGAAGCACAAGAAAGUAUUAAAAAUGUGAA